AUGGCGGCCAAGGCAACUCCCGACAACCCCGUCCUCAUCGUGGGCGGCGGCUUGGCCGGCCUCGUCGCCGCCUAUGAACUCUCGCUACGCGGCAUCCCGACUCUCAUCAUCGACCAAGAGUCCCGUCAGAACCUCGGCGGCCAGGCCUUUUGGUCUCUCGGCGGCCUCUUCGUCGUCGACUCGACAGAGCAGCGCCGCCUCGGCAUCCGCGACAACAAGGCCCUCGCCAUGCGCGACUGGCUCGGCUCUGCCCAGUUUGACCGCGAGGACGAGGACUACUGGCCGCGCAAGUGGGCCGAGGCCUUUGUCGACUUUGCCGCCGAAAAGGGCGACGACGGCAUGGAGGGCUACGUCAAGGGGCUCGGGCUGGGCUUCAUGUUCAACGUCGGCUGGGCCGAGCGAGGCGACGGCCGUGCCGAGGGCCACGGCAACUCGGUGCCCAGGUUCCAUCUCACCUGGGGCACGGGGCCCGAGGUCGUCCGCGUCUUCCGCGAGCCCGUGCUCAAGGCCGAGAAGGAGGGCAUCAUCCAGUUCCGCUUCCGCCAUGCUGUCGACGAGCUCAUCAUUGACGAGACCACGGGCCGCGCUAUUGGUGUGCGCGGCCGUACCCUCGAGGAGACGGACCUGCCGCGCGGCGUCGCCACGUCGCGCACCGAGACGGGCACCUUUGAGCUCCGCGGUGCCGCCGUCGUCGUCACGUCGGGCGGCAUCGGCGGCAACGUGGAGGCUGUCCGCGCCGCCUGGCCCGUCGAUCGCCUCGGGCCCAAGGUGCCUGAGCACUUUGUCGUCGGCGUGCCGGCCCACGUCGACGGCCGCAUGAUCGGCAUCGCCGAGUCGAGCGGCGCCCACGUGAUCAACCGCGACCGCAUGUGGCACUACACCGAGGGUCUCGCCAACUGGGAUCCCAUCUGGCCGUCCCACGGCAUCCGCGUGCUGCCGGCGCCGUCGUCGCUCUGGCUCGAUGCCACGGGCAAGCGCCUACCGCCGCCGCUGUUCCCCGGCGCCGACACCAUGGCGACGCUCAAGCACAUUUGCUCCACGGGCUACGACUACUCGUGGUUCAUCCUCGACCAGACCAUCAUCGCGCGCGAGUUUGCCCUCUCGGGCAGCGAGCAGAACCCCGACAUCACGGGCAAGAGCAUCUGGCAGCUGCUGACGCGCGUCUUCGGCAAAAAGGGCACCGUCCCCGUGCAGCGCUUCCAGCAGCAUGGCGCCGACUUUGUCGUGCGCGACACGCUCGACGACCUCGUCGACGGCAUGAACGACCCUACGCCCGCGAACGCAGGCGGGCCCGCUCUCGACGCCGCCGCCAUCCGCGCCACCGUCGAGGCCCGCGACGGCCAGAUGGGGAACCCCUUCUCCAAGGACGCUCAGGCCAUGCUCAUCAACAACGGCCGCGCCUACUGGGCCGACCGCCGCAGCCGCGUCGCGCCGCCACACCGCCUCCUCGACCCCAAGCACGGGCCCCUGAUCGCCGUCCGCAUGAACCUGCUGACGCGCAAGACGCUCGGCGGCAUCGAGACGAACCUGCGCAGCAACGUCAUGAAGACGGACGGACGCACGCCCUUUCCCGGCCUGUAUGCCGCCGGCGAGGUCGCUGGCUUCGGCGGCGGCGGCGUGCACGGCUACAACUCGCUCGAGGGCACCUUCCUCGGCGGCUGCAUCUUCUCCGGCCGGGCGGCGGGCCGGGGCAUUGCCGCCGAGCUGCUUGGCGAGGAUGGCAUUCUCGAUGAGAGGCUGAGAAAGCGGGAGCCUGCGAGCAAGCUGUAG